UGACCAUCCCUUGGCAGAUUGCAUCUCGCUUGACAUUUAAACCGCGGUAAUUCGUGAAACGAGACGAACGUGUGUCAACGUCGGCUCGUAACGGGCUCACUUGGAUUUUAUAGUUCCUCCAUGCUGUUCGCGGCGCGUUUACGUCCCCCUUUAUGACGUUUCGAGUGCGAUUAACCCUCGAACAGGACGCUUCACGACGCAGCUCCUUCGAGUGCUUCUUUUACGAUCCUUCGUGAUUACCUAGUGAAAUUUUCGCGUAAAACUCGAUCACUGUCUUAGGAGUUUAAUCACUGGAUGUGCAAGACUUCUUCGCGUGAAAAAUUUGUUAUAUGGUACCAUAGAAUUUUAGACAGUUUCUUUAAGAAUUGAGGGAUAUAGUCAGUGCGACAGUGACAGUGUAUUGUGACAAUUGUUUCGGUAAGAGUGCAACAUUCUCGAGGAUGUAUUAGAAUGUUGUCUUCCUCGAUUUCCGGAACACCCUUCAGCGUCCGCGACAUUCUCAGCGAGGAUCAGCAACUUGGAGCCAUGGACUGCUACCCUUUACCCCAUCACCAGCACCAGAUUCAGCAGCAACACGUGCCUCAGGACUAUUACGGAUAUAACGUCAUGCAGGAGAACAAUUGGGACGUGGAGAAGUUCAAGGAACAGUCGAUGCCGACUUACCCUCAUUAUCCUGACUUGAGUCAUGUUCAGAGCCAGAUUGUUCUGCCGUAUCAGGAGUCAUCGGUUACGGAGGACGGUAAUGUGGUCACUUCGAGCAAAACGGAGUUGAGGAAGAGCCAGUCGGGGAAGAGGACCAAACGGAAGCCCAGGGUGCUGUUCUCACAGACGCAAGUGUACGAGUUGGAGCAACGAUUCAAGCAACAGCGAUAUUUAAGCGCCCCAGAAAGGGAGCUCCUAGCGCAAACGCUGAAGCUAACCAGCACCCAAGUGAAGAUUUGGUUCCAAAAUCGUCGGUACAAGAACAAGCGAGCGAGACUGGAAGACGCGGAGAAGCUCCAAGCUCAGAACAUGAAGAACCAGUCCCUGAAGAAGAUCCACGUGCCAGUAUUAAUCAAAGACGGAAAGCCAAACCUGCAGGAGUCCUACAACCCUCCGUACUGGUCCAACAUCAGGCCAGACUUGAGCGUUUCCAUGCAACCGGAUUUUAGAAUCAGCGAAAUUCGUCUGAGUCCCGACUUUAGGCCGCCGAACGACGCGAUCAGUUCCGAAUUCAAACCGGAAAUCAAUUCUGAAAUGUGCGGAAAGAACCUGAACGGCGAUAUACAACCUUAUAGAAACAAUUUGGAUCCCCGACCAGGCGUUCACGAUUGUCACCGGCAGAUCAAGACGGAGUACAAGGUAAACGAAAGCAGCAGCGAGGUGCCGCCAUUCCCGGACCUGAAGAACAUCCCGACGGACUCGAAACCGAUGAUCAGCGACGGGAGACCGAUCAUGGACGUCUCCAGCAGCGAUUACGGCUUCUCGAAUUAUCUGGGCCCUCCCAAUUACCAGAUGCAGUACGUGAAUUACAUGGAACAGGUGCCCAUGGACCAGAAUUUGCAACGACUGUGGUAGAACGCGUGGUGAAAAGACUGUACCCACUGGUGGGAACUCGCCUUUUGUAGCUGGAGCCUGAUUUAAUUUUUUACAGUACACUUUCGUUGUAUUGCGAUACGAAUAGCCGUGACUUGAACAGCCAUCGAUGUAGUCAGCGAUAUAUUAUAAUGGCGAUAUUUGAUAUUGCAGUGACUAUUUAGGAUAGUAAAUAUAUUCUGAUAGGAGCGUCUCGGUGUAACAGUGGCAAUAUAACGAGAGUGUGCUGUAUUUAUAAAAUCAAUUCGGCGGACAGUUUGCAUCCACAACUUCUAUGAACAUGUAAAUUGUCACGUGCGUAUCAAACAAGUUUAGUUGCAAAUUUAGUGACUAGUUUCCCAAAGAAAAGAAGUGCGAAACGUUACCAAAAGGUAGCCAAAGAUUAAUCACUUAGGGUGUAACUUUUAAUCAUCGCGAUUCGAUAGCUUUAAGUUCGAGAUAGUUAAGGCAGCUGUGUUUUAUAUAUAUAUUUUUUGUCUUCUCUCUUUUAGUUAGAUAAGUUACCCUCUUCGAAAUAGUAACGCUGUUCAAGAGGCCCGAACGGAAAUUGCUUCAAGUGGCCUUUGCGGAAACACCAGUUACUCCGUAUUCCGCAGACCUGGUGUUUCUGGCUCCAUCUUUUUUUCGUCCUUUUCCGUUUCCCUCGAGCGUGAACCUCUUUUCGAGAAACUGCGAUCUCAUUGUAAUUUUCCAAUGUGCA